UGUCGCACGUUGUUUACGUCUAAAUAACCUACAUUUUCUCAUGAAUUAUUAUUUUAAAAACGGUAUUUAUCUUGUAAAUUGUGACAAUGGUGAAGAGAGGUGCUAAAGCCUCUAUAUCUGAGGACGACGAGUCAUCUCAGUUGGUAAAUGAAAGCGGUUGUAAGAAUUCAGAGCCCGCAAAGAAACGCUUAAAAACUAAAAGUUUGUAUCGACAACCGACUGUAAACGAACUAAACAGACUUCAGGAAACCGAGAACUUAUUCAACUCAAACUUAUUCCGUCUCCAAAUAGAGGAAAUAUUACAGGAGGUAAAAUUGAAAGAGAAAAAUGAGAAGAAAAUUCAAACAUGGUUUGAAGGUUUAAAAAAACAUCUAGAAAACAUCCCUGGGGAUGAUACUGAAUAUGAUUUGAGUGAAAAAACCUUGGUUAAGAAGCUCAAGGUUAAAUUACCGAUAAACUCUCAGCUAGAUAAGACAAAAUGUGUCUUCAAAUUUCACAAGUUCCAAAAAGUAGAACUUGUUGGUUCAUAUGCUUUAAGCUGUCCUAUAAACUCUAAACUGAUAGUAGAUAUACAAAUAACAGUACCAGCAGAGACAUACACCAAAAACGACUCAAUAAACUACAGAUAUCAUAAAAAAAGAGCUGCAUAUUUAGCUUAUAUAGCAUCUCAUUUGAAAACAUUAGACACUGUUGAAGACAUCACAUAUUUCUUUUUGAACGGAUGUCAAACACAACCGGUCUUAGAUUUCAAACCUGUCGGUAAAUUGGGGAACCACAUAACAGCCCGAAUUCAUAUAGCAUGUGAGCCCGAAGCAUACAAACUGCACCGUUUUGGCCCAGGACGAAACAACUUACGAGAGACAUGGUUAUUAAAUAAAGAGAGUGCUGAAAACAAUUCAGAUGUUGGGCCUCCGACUCCAUAUUACAAUAGUAGUGUUCUCUCUGAUAUAACAGCAUCAGAAAACAUAGGUUUCCUAAAGGAAACCUUAAGUAACAGUGAAAAUUUGAAGCAAGCGGUGGUGCUGCUGAAGAUAUGGCUUCGGCAAAGAAAGCUGCAAGUGUCAGGGUUUGUCAUCAGUAUGCUGGUAGCUCAUCUGGUUCAGACGAAGAGGAUCAACAAUAUUAUGAGUAGUUAUCAGAUUAUUAGAAAUGUCUGGAUUUCAUUAAAAACAUCUCAAUGGGACAAAACCGGCAUCUCACUCCACAAAGAAACUGACUCACCACCUCUCUCCGAGUUCAAAUUCCCAGUCAAAUUCAUUGACACCACCGGAUAUUACAACAUUUGCUGGCAGAUGAGCGCAGGGACGUAUGAGGCGUUGAGGAGAGAAGCCAGUUUAGCUGUGGAUAUGUUGGACGAUGGCAGUGUGAACAGCUUUAUACCGUUGUUUAUGACACCGGUGACACCUUUGCUGCAGUAUGACUACAUUUUGAGGUUCAAAAACUUGCCAAAGCUGAAGCAAGCAGUCCUAUCCAAAGCGCCGCUCGAUUCCAAAGUGAACUACGGAAUAGAUGAGCUAGCUCUAAUAGUAGAAAGCUUGCAGUCGCUCCUAGCCAAAGGCCUGACGUGUAGAGCUGAUCUGAUACUGCCGAUUGUGGAGGCUGACUUUACGUGGCCUGUUGGGAAGGCGUACGAGAAAGUGAGAGAAGGGUAUGAAGAGAAGCUGUGUUUUGGCUUCGUUUUAAAUCAGGAGCACGCCCUGAACAUCAUCGACAAAGGUCCUGCCGCCAAUUUGCCUGAGGCUGAAGAGUUCAGAGGUUUCUGGGGCGAUAAGUCCGAGCUGCGCCGUUUCCAAGAUGGCUCCAUCACGGAGAGUUGUGUGUGGGAGGGAGACACACUGUCGGAGCGUCGCUCUAUCCCGAGGCAAAUUGUGGAAUAUCUUCUCAAGCAGAAAUAUGAUAUCCCACCAUCAGACUUAUUCCACAUCCUUGAACAACUCAAUUCUUUAACCAUCCGUAAGCAGUAUACGCGCGAAAAGAGAAUCGAGAGCGAAGAGAGCGCUCUAGCGGCGUUGCAAGCGGCCGACGAGUUGAGGAGAGACUUGCGCGGUCUUACGCAAAUACCGCUAGAUGUCAGCGCUGUUUAUGGCACAUCAUCAGUGUUCAGCUACUGCGCCCCCGCGCCGCCGCUGCCCGCGCCGCCCCACAACCCGUGGCGGCGCGGCGGCACCUGCCUCAUCAAAGAUAUUCAAAAAGAAGGCGUCUUCCAAGCGCCGGAGUUUGUCCCUGUCUGCGAAACUGUUGUUGAGUUAGGUCACAGCGGCAAAUGGCCAGGCGACCUAGAAGCCUUCCGCUGUCUCAAAGCUGCCUUCAACCUACAGAUAGCAGACAGACUAACUAAACAGUUCGACCUGCCGACACACGCCUACCCGACGCAUAUAGACGUCUUGAAGAACGGACUGGUUUUCAGGCUGGUUAUAGCGCAUCCGAAAGAGAUUACUCUUUUGAGGAGAGAGGUGGAGAAUGGAGUAGUAAAAUUCAAAGAGAGCGAAGAAAGUAUUAAACUGCAACGCGAUACAGUGUUACUGCCUCGACUCAGGGGAGCCUUGCAUGGGCUGCACCAACGCCACCCCUCCUUCGGAGUAUCCUCCUGCCUCCUCCAGCGCUUCCUCUCCGCGCACCUCCUCGCCCCACCUCCCCCUCUCCUCUCCUCCCUCCUCACCGCACGAGUCUACACCUCGGCGUCUCCACACACUGUACCGGUGUCGCCGCAAGUCGGCUUCUUGAGGACCUUGAGGUUACUGUGUGAGACGAAUUGGGGCAGUGAGAUGAUAAUGCUGGAUUUCAAUGGUGAUAUGAAACGUGAAGAAAUUCUAGAAAUCGAGACCAAAUUCUCCCAACGUGACGCGUCAGCCCCAUACAUGUAUAUAGUGACGUCAUACGACGGCGAUCUACCCUCAGUAUGGACCAUGCAGGCACCUACCAAACACACUGUAUUACGGGCCCAAGCGUUAGCGAGGAAUACUCUGACUUUUAUGGAGAAUAAGUUGAUGAAAGAUAUGCUUGAUAAUGUGUUGAGUGCCUUCGUCCCGUCCUACGCCGGUUACGACGUGCUAAUCCACCUGCAUCCCUCCCUAACCCCCUACUUAUCCGAGCGAGUCGACGUGAAACCAAAACCCAAAGCGUUACCCGACGGCGCUGCUGACGUCAUUCCGGUGGUGGAAUUCAACCCUGUGACGAAAUACUUGGACGAACUUAAGAGUGCAUACAGUGAGUUUGCGCUAUUCUUCCAUGAUUACUACGGCGGGGAAAUAAUCGCUGUGCUGUGGAAACCUGACAUUGGGGAGGAGAAAGACUUCCAGGUUGCAAACGCGAGCGCCCUACGACCGACAGGCAAAGGAGACAAGUAUAAAGUGAAUACGGCGGCCAUCGUCGAAGAUUUCAAGAUACUGGGCGCGGGGUUAGUGAAACAUGUCACUGUUAAUACGUAGAACAUUUUAAUAUAGAUGCUGUAAAAAUA